AGUUACUUCCUCUAUCUCACCAUUUGGAAAGACUGCAAGGACACGUUUUCAUUGUGAUCUCAAUCACGUGCUUUACGAAGAAUAAGGAGUGUGUUUUGGUCGGUUGUUUUGGAACUAAACACUUUAAAUCGUGAAAAAGAAAAUAUCCUGUAUCGUGAUGGAGAAAUUGGGCUUGCAUAUUGCUUGUUUGGUGAUGGUUUACGUGACAGUUUUGCCUUCUGUUGCAGCUAUCGACAUAGAAUGCAGUUUGGGUUUUACUGGAGUGUCCUGUAGAGAGAACAACACCACUCAAAAGAUAUUAAUUGGAGUUGGAGUGGCGCUCUCAAUCCUUGUGGUUGUUGGUGUUAUGACAUGCUGCUGCUGUGGUUGCUGUGCCUGUUGCAGAUCAGAACCACCACGUUCAACUGUUGUAACCACUGUAGCUUGUUCACAACAAAUGGCAGCUUAUCCACAAGUCCAAGGAUACCGGCCUUUGCCUCUUCAAUACCAUCCUGGACAGUCAGCAGUUCCCACAGUUCCGUAUUCUAAUAAUCAUCCAGUGGCAUAUCCAAAUUAUGGACAACCGCCAGCCUACCAAGAAGUUUCCACAAUGAGUCAACCUCAAACUUAUCCUGCAACACAGUCUUUUCACGUUCCAAUCCCUGGGGAUAAUCCAAGCUUUAUGGAUCCAGUGGAGCCACAUAAGUGAGAACCUGACCAGCUGUGCCUUCACCUGCUUUCAUUCCUCUCGCCAUUUUUUUUUUUCAAACUUUAACACAAGUUCACUCCAGUACUUGGAACACACAAAUGCUGUACUAUGUCUUGGUCUUGAAAGCUAAACAAGGAGAAAAUUUCUUUAGAACAUUGAUUUGCAUUGUGGGAUUGUUCCUUCAUUCCCAUUGGAAAUGGAUGUUCAGUUAUUCAGUGCUAGCUCCAGGCAUGAUGGACCAAAUGGCCUCCAUUACCGCUGUAUCUUCUGCAUGUGAACAUGCAAGCAUAGGAAUUGUGAUUAUCUCUGUCUUCUUUGGACCACCCCUUUUUAAACAGUGAAGUCCUAGUUCUAUUCACAAGAGGAAAUAUUGUCAUAUACACCUAGUCAAACCCCUCAGGAUCUUAUAUGCUUCAAUCAAUGUCACCUCUUACUUUUUCUAAUUUCCAGCCGAUCUAAGCCUAGUCAGUCCAAACUUCCCUGUAUUUCCAAUUCAAGCAUAGCAGCCACCUGACAGGCUGGCCUGCUGAUUUACGUAGAGAUCAGGUCCAAAGUGGAACCCAGCGGUUUUGAGUUCAUUUACAAUGCUUCAAGUUGGUCUGUUCCUGAACCACAAUAUCACAGAAUCAAGUCAGAGAGGCUUGAUUCUUCUUUAUUUAUGUGAACCCUGCCACAAUGUACAAUUCCACAAUUCCUCAGAAAGGUCCUUUUAAAAAAACAUAGAAAAUAGGAGCAAGAGUAGUCCAUUCGGCCCUUCAAGCCCACACCACCAUUCAAUACGAUCAUGGCUGAUCAUCCAACUCUGUACUGGGUUCCUGCUUUGUCCCUGUACUCUUUUAUCCCCUUUAGCCCUAAGAAUUAUGUCUUACUCCUUCCUGAAAAUAUCAACUGUAUUGACCUCAAUGCCUUUCUGUGGCAGGAAUUCCACUGGCUCAUUACUCUCUCGGUGAAGAAUAUUCUCCUCAUAUCAGUCCUAAGUGGCUUCCUCGUCAUUGGUAACAUCCUUCCUGUGUUUACCUCUUAGGAUUUUACAGGCUUUUAUGACUUAUUCUUCUAAACUCCAGAGAAUGUAAUCCUAACCAAUCCAAUCUCUCUUCAUUUAUCAGUCCUCCCAUCCCAGGAUGACAUGAGAGCUUUGCUACCUGUACAUCCAAAAGUAGGGAUUCAGAACUGGUUGCUUACACUUCCUAAAAUCGUGCCUGGUUCUGCUUAACGCCACUGACCUCUUCCUCCUCCUCCCUCGCCCCAGUUAUAUAAAUGGAGAGGUCCAUGAGGAAUGCUAUACCAGAUCCUAGAAACUCUGUCGGGUGUGGGAGGGGUGGAAUUCUAAACAUGUGACUGAGUGCUCAUCAUGCGAAAGAUUAGUGUGAAGAAGGUAAAGGAUUUUCCUAUCAGAAAUCAAAAUCAGCAGUCCGUCUACUGAGUGUGGAAAUAAAUAAUUAAAUGAUCAAUUGACCCCGAUACUUCCCAGUCAUAAAACAGUUAUUGAGGCCAGACUAAUGCGAGUGGGCAAUCUUUUUUUUAAGGAUGGGUGUACUGUCUUUGCCGGACACCCUUCAUCCAUACGGGACGUGCCAUGACAUGCUAGGGAGUUGGCGUAGUGAUAAUGUCACGGGACUAGCAAACCAGAACCUUAGUCAAUGUUCUGUGGACAUGUUUGAAUCUCCACCUUAAUGGGUAGUGAAACUUGAGUUCAAUUAAAACGUUGACUCAAUGGUAACCAUCGCCAGUUGGUGUAAAAAGCCCAUCUUGUUUAAUGAUGUCCUGGGAAAUCUGCUAACUUUACUCUGGUCUGGUCUACAUAUGACUCCAGACUCAUAGCAAUGUAGUUGACUCUUAAAUGCCCUCUGUGGAAUUAAAGAUGGACAAUAAGCCAGUGAUGUCCAUGAACAAAUACAAAAUGCUCAUCCCCUACUUCUUAAACAAAUCCUCCCACCGAUGCCUGCUCUCCCCUUCGGCUGGGCUUGUAUUGGGGGCUUCCUGCCUCCACUUCCUGCAGUGACCACUGCUGAGCUCUGAUGAUGGCUAAUCAGAUUGGUUGGAAGCUUGAGAGCUUGGGACUUCCACACACUGAGGGAUGGAGCUCUGACUCUCCAGCUCUUCCGUCUCGGCCUGCAACAGCUUAUAGCUGUGGGGGGGAGGAGAAGGGCUAAUCAGGCUACCAUCCCAUCCCCCUGUGUAGAAUUACUGUCAUUGUCCAGGCCUUACCUUCUAGAAUUCCAUUUCAAAACCCGUCCACCGUCACAUGGAAACUCAUGGAUGAAGGGUACUUUAAUGGUCCAAAAUAGAUUGAAAUAAUUUACAUCUGAUAUACCUGCCAUCACAUAGUGAGAAAAUAGUUAAUAUAAUGAUAUGUUUCCUGUGAGUUUACUGUGUCUGAAGGUUUCCAUUUCAAUCAAAUCUUAUAGCUUGCAAUCAUUGCCUAGCUUAAAUCUUGACAUAUCUAAAAAUAUGGGUGUAAAUGUAAAAGUUCAGGUGCAGCAAGAAAUUUAUGCAGCACUUAUUUAGCUUGUUGUGGUGAUAUCACACAUAUUUUGCUUUAGACUACUUCAGACACUAUAUCCCCUCAAUAGUUACAAUCUGAAAGAGUGAUUUUGGUCAACUUCUGAUGUGCAUUUAAGAUCUGUGCCUUUUAUAGCAAUUUGGUCAUUUUACUUUUCAUUAGGUUUGAUGUGUGUGUGAUCUUUUAUAGUACUUAAGGAGGUGGCUUGGUUUGUGAAUGAAGAUAAAAUAAAUAAUCAAUACUUUGCAAUCCAUGAUCUUACAAACUGUUCAAAACUUUGCAAGCAUACAAUAAACACAAUUUAUUUCUCAA